CACAGUGCCUUUUCUUUGAACGAUAGAAGAGGCGUUUUGUGGCAAGUUGAAUGAGUAGCCCGUAACUUCAGUUGCUGUAAACCAGCUGCUGCUGAGCGGUAUCAGGGUACCCGGUCCCGGCAAACGGCAGCACCAACAAUUGGUAACUUACCGAAAUUGCACCUGACUGAAGCUCCAACCAACACCGCGCAUACUGUUUCUCUCCUGCAGUGGGGUGAAACGAUGGAGCAGCAGGAGCAGGUAGAAUGGGAUGAUGUCAAUAAACUUCUGCAGCAUCAUGGUUUUAAGCCCGUGCAUUUUGCAGAUCCUGGAGGGAACAAGAAUAUUUCAGAUUUGAUUGUGCUGGACAAGAAGUCGGCUGGUGAGAUCCGGAUGAGUCUGAAGACGAUGCUCACCGACUCGGAGAGAAGACAGGCUCUAAUCCAGGAGCUCAUCAAGUGCAACAACCAACUCAAAGAGCAGGUUCACCAGCACACGGACCGGGCAUCUCUGCAGUCCCAGAGGGUCUCGGAGCUGGAGGGGCUGCUGGACGUGGUGAGGACCAGAGUCCAGGACCUGGAAGACCGCUACCUCGGCGGGGCCGUCCAGCAGCACGACCACACACAACUACUGCAGCAGGAAAGGAAGGACGCACAGAAACAGUGUCAGCUCCUGGAACAGAAGCUGUCCACACAGAGGGAGGAAGCAGCUCAGCUCCAGAGAAAACUCUACUUUACCAUCAGAGAACAAGAGCAGCGAUUGGCUCGACAGAGUUACACCUUCCAGGACAUCUGUAAAAGAGUGAGCCAGCAGCGCUCCCCAGCAGACCAGCAGGUGCUGGAUGUGAUCGACUUCUAUGAGACCAAAAUGACUCAGCUGCUGGACGAGCUCAGAAGUGGUUCAUUUCACCCCAGAGCUGUAAAAGGUCAACCGGAAGGAUCUCAAGUGGCUCAACCUACAGGAACGAAGGAGCUGACUCCAUCUUUCAAAACCAUCCUUCAGGCAUACCAGGAUCAACAAAAUAGAAGCAAUGUCCAGGUGGAAGAGUUAAAGAGGGAAGUGGAGCGCCUGAAGCAAGACUUGGAGAAAAGGCCAUCACUCAGAGACGUCAAGUUCUACAAACACAAACUUCGUCGUCUGGAGGGCUCAAACAAGUACAACAACACAAGAAUACCAAAGAAGGAGAAGACGAGUGAGACGAGUGAGAACACCAGUGAGCAAACCGAAGAGGCCGGUCUCUGUUCCCGUUAUCACCAUCUGUUGAAGGAGAUCCGAGCUGCUGUAACGGAUUCCAGUGCUCCAUUUCAACUGCACAGGCAGAGACCCUCUUCUGUAGGUCUUGACCUGGCUGAGUUUCACAGUGUGCUCCCCACACUGGAGGCUUGGGCCCAGCAGCUCCGCCUCCUGAAGGAUCUGCAAAGAGCUUUAAACAAGUUGACUGGCAGGCUGAUGCCCUGGCAGCCAUGUGAUGGCGACCAUACUGCUGCAGUGAAGGUGGAGGACAUGCUGGCGCUGGUGGACAGCAUGCUGGAGAACACCUCAGCCAAGGAGGACGAGGUGCUUAGGAGUCCCACUCGGCACACGCUGGGCUCCAUGGUGUCUCACUUCCAGAAGCUGUUUGACGUGAGCUCCCUCAGCGGAGUGUACCCACGUAUGAACGAAGUGUACAGCAGGUUGGGAGAGAUGAGGAACACAAUGACAAACCUGCGAGAUGUUCUGCAGCUCGACAGCAGGGCUCCUCCUGCUGAGGUGGUCCACCGGGUGGACAGACUGGUCUCCUCCACCCAGCACAGCGCUGGAUUCCAAAGUGUGCUGGGAGAAGAUGAUAUUGACAGGAUCAUCCUCAAAGUGAAGCAGCAUGAUGAGUUCUUUCCUGCUUUCCAUGCCCUCAUUGUCGACAUGUUACAGACUCUAGGAGUGAGUCACCUGGGUGACAUCCUUCCAGCUGUGAAAUCUCUGAAACCAACAGCACAGUGACAAGCGGCUUUGACUGACCUUAUUGCUGUGUUUUGUGUGUGAUUUAUGAAUAGCUAAAGAUACACUGGAUAUGAAAAUGUUCAGCUUUUCUAAGCACGCCAACCAACCUAAUACAGCUAAUAGGAACAAACCACUUUGGAGUGGAAUCCUGACUUCCAAUCAAAUUAAAUUUGUGGAGAAUGAUGAGCAGUGCUGGUCAGCAUUCAUUUAUACAAGUAUUUAUUAGUAUUUUAAAGUUAAACUUUUGUGAGGAUAAACAGAUUUGUGUGUUUAUUAAUCAAUUAGAAUGUUCUUUUAAUUACAAGAAAUCAUGUGAUUAAUUUGGAUUACAACAGAAUACAGCCGAUCAUCGGGUCUGCAGAGAGAAUCAUUGGUUCCAGCCCCACCGUUCAUCCUGGACGUGAACAUCCAGAAUCGGAAAACAGCAAAGAUCAAUUCAGACCUUCACCCUGUGGUCAGAAACUGCUCAGACUCUUCCCCUCUGGAUGGCUCUGAGUUGCACCAAGUAAAAAAAAAAAAAAAUCACAGACACAAUACUGAACUUAAAGCAGAAGGAAUCACAUCUUUAAGCUAAAACGUCAUCCGAUAGUAAUUCUGAAGGUCCCGGGACCUGUGAACUACAACAAAGAGACUGAGAACCAGGCUUUCAAAGGAGUUAUAAUCUAGUUUAAUUUUAAAAGGCCUGAGUCAUGAAUAGCUUCUACUGCACUUCCUUGGACUCUGUCAAGGAAUAGUAUAAACAUGACUUUGAGGAGUCGCUUCAUUUAAGUUGACAUUCAUAUCGGAUUUGUUGAAAUCUGCCGUUACUGAUAUGUGAUGGUGAUUUGUUUGAUGUGGUGUUCGGAUGACUAAAUAAAAAGCACAAGCCUUUAUAAAUGUGCUCAUGUUCAGAGUAAGAUAAUCAAACCGCAAAAUACCCCCUUUAGUUUAAUGCACUUAUUGUAAAUAGCUUUGGAUAACAUGUAAAGGACCCAGUCCAAGUACCCACAAUAGAAAUCAGUUGAAAUCUGUUUGAAAAUGAUUAUAGCUUAAACAUUUAGUUCUAAAUAUAGUUGCCAUUGUAAUACAAAAACAAUGAAGUGACUAUGAUGCAUAGAAUUAGAAACACCAAGAGAUGCACACUGUGUGUUAGCACUACUUAAAAUGCUUCAUACAAGGCCCAGGUAUGAUUCAUACUGUAGCACAUUAUGAACCUUACCUCAGAAAAGGGCUCAGGUACAGGUACUAACCUUGGACCCAUAUCAACCAGGUGCUCAACUAAUAAAAUCAUAACUUUCUUCCUUGUUUUAAUACACUUUCCCGUAUUUUAAACGUCUUUUUGUUUUCGUCGCGCUUGUAAUUGCGUACUUCUUGUUUUCUACAAUCAAAAUAAAAGGACAACGUGAAAUUUAUUGACAGCCGUAACUAACAAAAUAAAAAAUACAUUUAAAACACUAUGCACUCCCAGAGGUCUUCUACAGCAGUGUAAGUGUGUAGACCUCACGUGAACAGUAUAUAGACAAUGUCAUACUUAUUCUACCCUUUGAUUACAGUGUGUUUAU